CCUCGACGGAUAACUCAGACAUCGGGAUCGGGAUCUAAAAACGGAAGCAAGUGCUCUAAGAACGAUAACUAGUGUUAUCCUUGGAAACGUAAUUCGUAAACAGUAAUGUCGACGAUGGAGAGUGCGAUUGAGGAUUUAAAGGACGACAAUGUUCCACCCUGUUUAUACUGGUCUGUGGAGAAAGUGGCAGAAUGGAUAGAGAAAAUAGGAUUUCCAAAUUACACAUCCUGCAUCACCAGUAAUCUUAUUGAUGGGAGAAAACUAAUUACCUUAGAGGCCUCUCAGCUACCGAACAUUGGAAUCACAGACUUUCAACACAUUAAGACCAUUACUAAAGCUGUCCGAGAGCUACUAUUCAUAGAAGAACCAGACUGGAAAAGAAGCAUAUCCCUCCCCCCACGUGAAGAUCUCGGAAUGUAUCUUGAGAGAAAAAGUCAUAAUGGAAAAAACCUUGAUGGACUAACUUACAAAUCAUUUUUACUGAACUUAAAAGACUCAAAAUGGCAGCCACCACUGGCCAACCAUUGCUUAAUUCUCCCUCGUUCAUAACUUGUCAUGUGGUGGUUACACAACUGAAACAAAUUAUACCUGAGGUGUACUCAGAUCUAUCUACAGAGGUGAUCAAAUAUAUCC